UUACUCUCACACACACACGCGCGCGCGCUCUCUCUCUAUCCACCUCUCUGUGCGUGGUGUGCUCGCGCGCGCGCACGCGGAACUCCGGACUGUCUCCAGCUCUCGCGCUGCGUGCACCUCGGAGGCGUGUUGAACGCGUGGAAAACGGCACCGCGUGUGAAACAGGGGGAAAAAGCUGCUGCUUAAGUCCGACGGGAGCCAUGGACGUGUAGCAGACGGCGUCUCGGGUGGCACAUGGACGGCGGUCAGUCGCGCGCAGAAUCGCAGAUGAAUCUGGAAGGAAGUGGAUAUUAGGGAUAUCUGGGAUGCCAGUUCAGUAAGAAUCAUGCAGAUGACAUGGUCACCGGCCUUCAUCGUUUUCAUCAUCACCACCACACUUCUUUGGUCUGUGAAGGGAUCGUUGGUUCCAGACUCCGUUGCGGCAGAGGCGGCUAAGGAAGGGGUCACACAGACCCCUGCCUCAGGACACCAUGAAGACAACACCUUGGCCUACACAGGAUCUCGUCUGCGUCAGGAGGACUCCCCGCCUCGCAUCGUGGAGCAUCCAUCCGACCUGAUCGUGUCCAAGGGCGAACCGGCCACCCUGAACUGCAAGGCCGAGGGGCGCCCCGCGCCCACAGUGGAGUGGUACAAAGAUGGCGAAAGGGUCGAAACGGACCGGGACGACUCACGCUCGCACCGCAUGCUCCUUCCCACCGGUUCUCUUUUCUUCUUAAAAAUAGUCCACGGCCGUCGGAGCAAACCGGACGAAGGCUCGUACGUCUGCGUGGCCCGCAACUACCUCGGAGAAGCCGUGAGCCACAACGCAUCACUGGAAGUUGCCAUUCUCCGUGAUGAAUUCAGGCAGAACCCCAGCGAUGUGAUGGUGGCCGCUGGAGAACCGGCUGUGAUGGAGUGCCAGCCUCCACGUGGACACCCAGAACCCACCAUCUCCUGGAAGAAAGAUGGUGUGAACGUAGACGACAGAGAUGAACGGAUAACUAUCCGAGGUGGAAAGCUGAUGAUCACCAACACGAGGAAGAGCGAUGCCGGGAAGUACGUCUGCGUUGGAACCAACAUGAUGGGGGAACGGGAAAGCGAGAUCGCCGAGCUCACUGUGCUCGAGAGACCCAGUUUCCUGCGCAGGCCCAGCAGUCAGUCAGUUCUGGUGGAGCAGAGCGUGGAGUUCAGGUGUGAGGCGCAGGGAGACCCUGUUCCCACCGUACGCUGGAGAAAAGAGGACGGAGAACUACCCAAGGGAAGGUUCGAGAUCCGUGACGAUCACACUCUGAAGCUGAGAAGGCUGAGCUCGACCGACGCCGGCUCCUACACCUGCCUGGCUGAGAACAUGAUGGGGAAGGCCGAGGCCACAGCCAGCCUCACCAUCCACGUAAUGUCUGUGCCUCCGGUGUUUGCGGUACGACCGAGGAACCAGGUGGUGGGGCUGGGACGCACCGUGACCUUUCAGUGCGAGGCAACGGGAAGCCCACAGCCGGCCAUCUUCUGGCAAAGAGAGGGGAGUCAGAACCUGCUGUUCUCCUCUCAGCCGCCGCAGUCCUCCAGCCGCUUCUCCGUCUCUCAGACAGGCGAUCUGACCAUCACCGGGGUGGAGCGCGGAGACGGAGGAUACUACAGCUGCCAGGCGCUGAACAUCGCAGGAAGCGUGAUCACUAAAGCUCUGCUGGAGGUGUCUGAUAUUAUUUCAGACCGCCCUCCACCUGUGAUCCUUCAGGGUCCGACCAAUCACACGGUUCCUCUUGAUGGUACGGUGGUUCUGGGAUGUAAGACGACAGGAACGCCUCCUCCCUCCAUCCUGUGGAAGAAAGACGGGGUUCUGGUGUCCAUUUAUGACUCUCGCUUUAAACUCCUGGACUCAGGAGCUCUGCAGAUCCGCUACGCCAAGCUUGGAGACACGGGUGUGUAUACGUGUGUAGCUUCCAGUCCCAGUGGAGAAGCGUCAUGGAAGGCCUACCUGGAGGUUCAAGAGUUCGGGAUUGGAGUUCAGCCCGGCCGACCCACAGAUCCCAACCUGAUCCCCAGCGCUCCUUCCAAACCCGAGAUCACCGACGUCACUCGCACCACCGUGUCUCUGUCCUGGAAGCCUGACCUUCACUCCGGAGCCACGCCCACCUCAUACAUCAUCGAGGCCUUUAGCCAUGCAUCAGGAAGUAGCUGGCGUACCAUAGCAGAGCAUGUGAGGACUGAGAACUACGUGUUAAAGGGUCUGAAGCCCAGUGCCGUCUACCUGUUCCUGGUCCGAGCGGCUAAUGCGUACGGCCUGAGCGACCCGAGUCCCAUCAGUGACGCCAUUAAAACACAGGAAAUUCCUCCAACCAGUCAGGGAGUGGAGCAUGGGCAGAUCCAGAGGGAGCUCGGGGACGUCGUCAUUCACCUCCACAAUCCCACCAUACUUUCAUCAUCCUCCAUCCGAGUGCAGUGGACAGUGGAACAGCAGUCCCAGUACAUGCAGGGUUAUAAGGUGAUGUACCGUGUGGCGUCCGAGUCGGGGCAGACUCGCAGCGACUGGGCCGUGUCUGAGGUCAGGAGUCCAUCCGAGUACUCGACCAUGAUCGCUCAGCUGCGCAGAGGAACCACCUACGAGUUCAAAAUACGACCCUUCUUCAACGAGUCAGGCACGGACAGCGACGUCAAAAUCGGAAAGACGCUGGAAGAAGCUCCUAGCGCUGCACCCCGAGAUGUGACUGUGACACAGAGCGGAGACAACAAGACGGCCAUCCUGCUCUCCUGGCAAGCACCUCCUGAGGACGAGCGUAACGGAGUGAUCCAGGAGUACAGGAUCUGGUGUUUGGGAAACGAGACUCGUUACCAUAUCAACCGCACGGUGGAUGGGUCCACUUUCUCCACAGUGAUCUUGGGGCUGGUUCCGGGAAUCCAUUACGGCGUGGAGGUGGCAGCCAGCACUGGAGCAGGACCUGGAGUGAAGAGUGAACUCACCUACUUCCAGCUGGAUCCCUCAGGGAAGAUUAUUCAGCCCGUCGUGGACCCUGAGGACACGCUCUCUCAGCAGAUCUCUGAUGUGGUAAAGCAGCCAGCCUUCAUCGCCGGGAUCGGUGCGGCGUGUUGGAUCAUCCUCAUGGUGUUCAGCAUCUGGCUUUACCGUCAUCGCAAGAAAAGGAGCGGCCUGAGCACCAGCUACGCCGGCAUCCGCAAAGUGCCCUCGUUCACCUUCACACCAACCGUUUCCUAUCAAAGAGGAGGAGAAGCCGUGAGCAGCGCUGGCAGGCCUGGUUUGUUGAACAUGAGCGACUCGGCUACACAGCCUUGGCUAGCAGAUACAUGGCCCAACAACUGCUCCAACCAGAACGACUGCAGCAUCAACUGCUGCACCUCCAGCAACGGCAACAGUGACAGCAACCUGGCCCCCUACAGUCGCCCUGCUGACUGCAUCGCCAACUACAGCCAGAUGGACAACAAACCCAGCAACCUCCUGGUGCCUGACUCGUCCCUGUACGGAGACGUCGACCUGUCCAACAAGAUCAAUGAGAUGAAAACGUUCAACAGUCCCAACUUAAAGGACGGGCGAUUGGUGGGGCCCGCGGGGCAGCCCACGCCUUACGCUACCACUCAGCUCAUUCAGUCCAGCCUGGGUACCAACCACAUGGGUGGAACCGACCUAAACGACAAACAGAACUGGAAGGGCAGCCAGGGGACGCCUCAGAAACAACAGGAAGUGACCUCACAGCUGCAGUACAGCAUCUUGGAGCAGAACAAAUUAAAUAAGGAUCACUAUAGAAGCGGAGACAGUACCACCAUCCCGUAUAACCAAGCGCCUGAUCCCAAUCCCAACGUCAGCUCCUACAGCAGCUCUGACCGAGGCAGCAGCACAUCUGGGAGUCAGGGGCAGAAAAAAGGAGGCCGAAAUCCUAAAGUGCCCAAGCAGAACCCAAUGAACUGGGCUGAUCUCCUGCCUCCUCCACCUGUCAGCCCACCUCCAUGUCAGGACUACGGCAUCUCAAUGGAUGACAGCUUCGAGGCCGAACUCCAGUGCCCGGUCCCUCCGUCCCGCAUGUACUUACAGCCUGAUGAGUUGGAAGAAGAGGAAGCAGAAAUGGAACGAGGACCUACUCCUCCGGUCCGAGGCACGGCCUCAUCUCCUGCCGCUGUAUCCUACAGCCACCAGUCUACUGCCACUCUCACGCCAUCGCCACACGAAGAGAUCCAGCCCAUGCUCAUGGAGAACCCAGAGAUCCUACAUGAGCGCAGGCGACAGUUAGUCAGCCCUCCUCCACCACCACGCCCCGUCUCCCCAUCUCACACCUACGGAUACAUCUCCAGCCCCCUGGGUUUGGACACUGAUGACCCGGGGGACGAGGAGGAAGAAGGAGACGAGACGGAUGCAGAGGUGCCGCUCGUCCACCAGAGAUACCCUUAUGCGCCCGUCUCCGGGAAUCAGCAUGCCCUGCACACGAGGCUGGCACUGCGUGGGUUGGACCAGACGCCGGCAUCCAGCACCUGUGAGCUGGACAUCGUCACCGGAUCCAUGAUCAACGGCUGGGGCUCUGCAUCCGAGGAAGACAGCGGGUCAUCGGGACGCUCCAGCAUCAUCAGCUCGUCUGACGGUUCUUUCUUCACCGACGCCGACUUUGCACAGGCCGUAGCCGCCGCUGCCGCCGCCGAGUACUCCGGUUUCCGUGUGGCAAAGCAUUCUGGGAGAGGUCCGCCGCACUACACCGGCCAGGGAGCACGGAAAUACCAAAACCUGCCUUCAUGCCACCGUCCAGCGAGUCCCUUUUCUACGGAUAGUAAUAUGAGUGCAGCCGUGGUGCAGAAAAGACCUCCAAAGAAACAGAAGCAGCAGACAGCUGGACACUUCCAACGAAGAGAGGCUUUCACAGACGAUCUUCCUCCACCACCUAUCCCACCUCCGGCCAUGCUUAAGUCCCCGACUCACCCAGCCAAGGCUGCGGCGGAGACGGGAAGGCGGUCCAGUUCCGCCGAGAGCAGGGACAAGAGGGACAAGAAAGCCAGAGAUGCCUCGGAUACAAGGAACAGCUCGUCGGAGCGCCGAGACGCUCAAGAAAGACAGAGGGCUCAGAGAGCAGGGAAAUCCGGCAAACCAGAGCCAAGCGCAGGGCACCAGGGCCCAGGGGACAUUGUGCCCUAUAGUCGGCCCUCGUUUCCAGGCGUCCACAGUACCCGGGGCGAGAGAGAGCCGAGCUCUUCCAGUUCCAUAUCGUCACGAGGAUCUGGAGGCCGGAGGAGAGGUGAAGGAGUCUCUGGGAGUGGCAGAAAUGCUGCUGAAAUUAGCCUCAACACCGUAGGAGCCUUUCAGCCAGGAGAGGAGCAACUGGAGAUGACAGAGAGCUGAAGACGGAACAGACGCGUUGUUACUAUUUUAACAACCGAGCUACGAUUUUAACACAUCUCAGCACCACCACCUUUCAUAACUACCGAUCUUGAAAACUGACCAACUCUUUAACUCUUUUAAUUCUGCGUUUAAAAGUCAUUUCACAAAUGGGGGAAAAGAAAAAAGAUACAGGAAUGAUGCGUCUGAAAGGGGGGGUGGGGGGUUGGGAUUUGGGGCUUGAGUGUGAUUUCGGGGUAAUGCAGGCGAGUCCUCAGUGCCAGACAUUACUGUUAAUCAAUACUAUUAGCUUCAAGCAGAAAAAAAGGAUGGACUUACCUGUAAAUAAACAUGCAUACGUGUCUUUUAUAACUUGUGUGGUACGUCAAAUUUCGUCUUCCUUGCCUUAUUGGGAUCAUUUCUGAAUUUUGGAAAAAUUAUUUUUAUUAUUCUGUAAUUGUUUGUAUCGCAUCCAUCCCGGUUGUAAAAUGGUUUAAAACAGUUCCACGUAAAAAAAAAAGAAAAAAAAAAGUGCCACAGUGAAGAUGUUCUUUCUUUUCCUUGUAAUGCACUGUUAUUUUGUCGUCUGUCGAUGUUUGUUAUUUGUUUGGUUUUAAAAGCACAAUCACUAAACUUUAUUUUGAACCAUG